AUGGAGCAUAACUUACCUCGCCAAAUUCCUAGCGUCUCUCCCUCUAAAUCACGCUAUGGACAAUCCUCCACUUCUCCAUCGUCUACUGAGACCCCUACGUCAAUUCCAUGUCAAGCAAAAAUAACAAACCCCCGCGCGGGCGACCGAUUCCGACCGGGUGACACGAUGAACGUCACUUGGAAUUUGAUUGGCAAUGAAUGUGCAACGGACGGUGUGGUGCCGAAACAUG